AUGGCUGACCAGGCGGCAGACAAUAACGUCGUCUCCGGCCAACCCCAGAAUAGUAUUGCAGACUUUGAUCCCCCAACGAAACCCAAGACAAAGAAGUUCGCUGUUGCCUGUGCCGUUUUGGCUUCAAUGACGUCUAUCUUACUGGGUUAUGAUAUUGGUGUAAUGAGUGGAGCGUCUCUCUUCAUCAAAGAAAACCUCAAUAUUAGCGACGUUCAAGUCGAAGUUCUUAAUGGUACCUUGAACAUAUACUCUCUCAUUGGCUCCGCCUUGGCCGGUAAAACCUCUGACUGGAUUGGACGCCGGUACACCAUAGUACUUGCCGGAACAAUCUUCUUUAUUGGAGCUCUCCUCAUGGGUUUUGCCCCGAACUACGCCUUCCUCAUGUUCGGUAGAUUCAUUGCCGGAGUUGGAGUUGGCUAUGCUCUUAUGAUAGCUCCUGUCUACACCGCCGAGAUCUCUCCAGCCUCGUUUCGUGGCUUCCUCACAUCUUUCCCCGAGGUGUUUGUUAACGUUGGUAUAUUACUGGGGUACGUAUCCAACUUUGCCUUUGCCAAGCUCCCAAUCCACUUGAACUGGAGGAUCAUGCUCGGUAUCGGCGCAAUUCCCUCAGUUUUUCUUGCCCUCGGCGUUUUAGCCAUGCCCGAGUCACCACGCUGGCUCGUCAUGCAAGGGAGACUCGGAGACGCCAAGCGAGUACUAAAUAAAACAUCAACUUCUGAAGAGGAAUCGCAGCUCAGACUAGACGAGAUUAAAGAAGUUGCAGGAAUCCCCAAAGACUCAAAGGAUGAGGUUGUUCAGGUUUCUAAACGUAGCCAAGGUGAAGGUAUAUGGAAGGAAUUGCUCCUCCGACCCACGCCGGCCGUUCGCCACAUUUUAAUAGCAGCCCUUGGUAUCCACUUCUUUCAACAAUUGUCGGGCACAGACUCUGUGGUUUUGUACAGCCCCAGGAUCUUCGAGAAGGCGGGAAUCAGUUCUUACAAUGACAAGUUACUUGCAACCGUGGCUGUUGGAUUUGUCAAGACCAUUGCAAUCUUGGUGGCAACAUUUCAAGUUGAUCGGUUUGGACGUCGUAUUUUGCUUUUGAGCAGCGUGGGUGGAAUGGUAGUUUCUUUUACGCUGCUCGGUGUAGGUCUUACGGUCAUUGAUCAAUCCCACAGCAAGGUCCCAUGGGCCGUCGGGUUGUGCAUCGCCAUGGUACUAUUCAUCGUUGCUUUUUUCUCCAUUGGGUUGGGACCCAUCACGUGGGUCUAUAGUUCUGAGAUUUUUCCGUUGCAGUUGCGUGCGCAAGGGUGCAGUAUGGGGGUGGCCGUAAACAGGGUGACGAGCGGGGUUAUCUCGAUGACUUUUAUUUCAUUGUAUAAGGCCAUCACGAUUGGAGGGGCCUUCUUUCUUUAUGCGGGAAUUGCUGCGCUUAGUUGGGUUUUCUUUUAUACGUUGUAUCCAGAAACGCAGGGUCGAUCCCUUGAAGAUAUGGAGGUCUUGUUUGGUAAAUACCACAAGUGGAGAGAAGCCAAUGCCCUGCUUAACAAGACUAAGCAAGCUGAUCAUGGUUUUGGUGACGACAACAAGGCUCAAAUCCAUUAGGAAUAGAAGGGCAAUGCUUAAUCAAUGUUUAAUGCACUUUAUGAUGAUGAUCAAUUCCUUUAUCUCAUAUAUUUCAGUUAUAUGCAACUGUACUUACAUCUAUAAGAAUAAUUUUCAU